GGUCACAUGACCUGCCCUCUGAUCUGAUAUCAAACCCGCGUCUGUUUUCAGCUCAUUCAUUGCCGAACAUCUUUCAUAUCCCACCAAGAUUAACUAUAAUUGUUGGUGUUUGCCUCUUGUUGUUGUGUCGAUACAAAAUCUGUCCUCGUUAGUAUACCGUCGUUGUCAGGACUGUUAGUUAACUCAUAGAGCUUGUUUCUCGCGGCUUCGCUCAUACCAAGCAUCACGUAACUUGCAGCUUCCCGCCUAGAAGCAGCAAACCCGAAACCCUGAACUUUGCUCCCAUGGGAUUCACUACCGACGAUUCCUUUUGAAUUCACAUGCGCCCUUCCUUCAGCAGUACCCAUUCUCGACAAUACCUUAUUCGCGACACGGAAUCUCAAAACAAUGAGCUCAACGCCACCCAAUCCGCCUGCGCCGGGGCGAGCUCCUCCCGGCCAACCUGGGCCGCCGAUGAGAAUCCGCCGUCCCAAGGUAGACCCGUUGGUUCGACCUAAGCAGAAACGGACCCCACGACCGCAAGGACAAGGACAGCCCGGAGCAGGGCCAGUCACGAAUGGCAGAGUAGGAUCUCCAAAGCCACGACCUCCGCAAGCCGCGCCCAGACCUGCACCAGCCAAACCUGCUAUUCCCAGCGCGGACGACUUAACAGUAAACGGAUUCAGCGGACCGUUACUCUCCGAGACAUACGUCGAUUAUCCGUUGAUUACUACUAAGCGCGCAUGGAGAGAGGGAUUGAAACACCACGUUGCAAAGUUUGCCUCGAAGAAGAACAUAGAUCCAAGAGAUGAAUCAAGUUUCACACGGCCGGUUAGAUUGCAGCGACGCGAUCCUCGAGCUUCGAAUACUGGUCCUGCGGUGGAGAGGGAUGACCAGCACCCUCGGAGGCACGGCGAGCUCAACGAAGCUGAGCGGGAGGAAUUGGAGGCAAAGAAGGCCGCUAGAGAGAAGGAACGGGCGGAAAACUUGGCACAAAUUGCCCCGUCAGCUUCUGUUACGCAGAAAAAGACUAACGCGCCGAAGCCGCGGACCCAGCAGGUGUUCAAGUCUGAGAUGACGCCGGCAGAAAUUGCGAAAGCGCGGAUCAAGUACGAGGAGGCGCUACCCUGGCAUCUUGACGAUUUCGAUAAUAAAGGCACUUGGGUUGGGAACUAUGAAGCCGCCAUGUCGGGAACGUAUGCGAUGUUCGUGCUUCAAAAUGACGGAAAGAUGCGAAUGGUUCCCCUCGACAGGUGGUACAAAUUUACAACGAAGACGCCCUUCAAGACUCUAACUAUUGAAGAAGCGGAGAAGUUUAUGGCGAAGAAGGCUAAGGAUCCCCGGUGGGUCAUGGAGAAGGAGCAGGAUAGAGCCCAGAAGAAAGCGCUGGAGGACUAUGCGAGACAAAGUAGACUCUUUACUGGUAGGAGAGAAGGAUUUUCGGGAGUUAGCGAAGGCUUUGAAGGAGAUGACCUGGAUUUUGAGGAAGACAGGUUCGCCGAUGAUGAAGAACAUGUUGGCAUUCUUGACGAUGAUGAAGAUGCCAAGGUAGCUGAAAAGAGAAUAAAAGAAGACCAGCUUAAGGCGAACAUCUUCGACCUCAAAGAUGAGCAUAUGUACGAUCAAGAAGAGAAUCAGGAGAAAAAGGAGAAGGAGGCCCUCAAGAAUUUCGGCAAGCAUGUUCGGAAAGCUCUCCAACGAAGAGAGAAGAAUUUCGACUACAGCAGUGGUUCAGACGCCAAUCCAUAUUCUGAUGAGAGCUCGGAUGAUUCCGAGACAGAGCGAUUAAAGGAAGAACAACAAAAGCUAGAAGAGGAACGCGCCAAGAAAGAAAAGGGCAAAGAAUCCGACAAGAACUCCGGAAUAUCAACAAAGGGCACAAAUACCCCCUCCGGGCGCUCCAAACACACAGACCCUCUCAACAAGAAAGCCGCAUCCCGCGCCGCUCGAAAACGACCCGGCUCCCCCAACCUCUCCGACGCCAGUGGCACAGAUACCUCCCGCAAAAAGCCCAAGAGCAAACACGCCGAUGCCGAGCCCGGCUCGCGGCCCAUGUCCCCAGGCCCCUCUGGCCAUCGCAAGCCAGGAGUACCAGCAGACCAAGCCGGCAAGAAACGUAGCCGAAACGGACCAGCUGGGUCUGGAUCUGGCAGCGAUGGUGAACGCGGUAUAGGCUCUGCUGCUGAAAUGAGCGAUUCGACCGCUGCUGGCGCUAAGAAGCGCAAGCCCAACCAGCCAGGGGUCAUGUCGAGGACGGGGACACCGCGGGGUUCGCGUGCGGGGAGUCCUGCGGGUCUUGUACCUCCGCGCACAGGACCUGGCUCUGGAGUUAAUUCACCAGCCCCACCAACCCGCACCUCCACGCCCGGCCUAUCAUCACCAGCAAACCUCGCCUUCCCCACCGCGUCGGAAUUCACUCCGCCAUCCCGCCUACGGGCAUCGCAGCGCCGAGCUACAAAAGAUCUUUCCGCCCGCGCAUCGGCAAUCCAAGGAAAACAUCGCAAAAGCAGGAGAUUAAUACAAGGCAACGGGAAGGGAAAUGCUCCAGAGAAAAGAUAA